AUGGGAGUAGGACAGUCUCACACGAAGAAAGCGCAGGUGCGCGUCCUCGCGCUGGGGUGGCUGCGGCUCGAGGCGGAGGAGCAGCUCCGCGGGGGGGAGGGCGGGGUCCGUGCUCGGCAGUUCAAAAGGCACCUGAAACAACCCCCGGCCUGCCCACACGAACUAAAAGCUGUCAUGGCCAAAGUGAGAUCUCUUCGCUCCAAGAAGCGGCAUAUGAAAGACCUCGUGGCACUGCAAACUGAGAAGACUUCUAAAAAAGCAGAAAUUAAAACUACUCUUCAAGAGCUGAUUAUCUACUUUAUUUUUCUAACAGACUUAUGUAUAUUGACUUUUGGGAUGGUAAGCACAAACAUAUAUUACUUGAACAAGAUUAUGUCAACACUCUUUUUGGAAACUUCUGUACCUGGGGAAGACAGAACUAAUUUUAAGUCUAUUAGCACCACAAGAGAGUUUUGGAAGUUUAUGGAGGGACCCCUUUUGGAUGGUCUGUACUAUGACUACGGGUAUAAUACAAAGACUUUGGAUCAAAUGAAAAGCAGUCGCAUCUACCAUGAGAACAUACUUCUAGGAGUCCCUCAAAUUCGACAGCUUAAAGUCCGAAACAAUACAUGCAUUGUCCAUUCAAAAUUUAAGUCUUUGAUGGAUGAAUGUUUUGACAGAUAUACUAUAAAAAAUGAAGAUCAAUCUGAUUUUGGUCGUGGAGAGAUGCCUGCAUGGACGUAUUCUCCUGCUACAUCAAAGUCUCUUCAGCACCGGGGACUUGUUGGUGUUUAUAAUGAUGGAGGAUAUAGGUUUACUUUACCCUUAUCAAAGAAUGAUGCCAAAAGCAAAUUUUCUUUCCUUCAAGUGAACAACUGGAUCACUAGAGGAACCAGAGCUGUUUUUAUUGAUUUUUCAGUAUAUAAUGCUAAUGUAAACCUUUUUUGCAUUAUCAGAUUAGUGGCAGAAUUCCCUGCAACUGGAGGUGUGCUAACUUCGUGGACUUUUUACUCUGUGAAGCUACUCAGAUAUGUUACUUACUUUGACUACUUUAUUGCUUCCUGUGAAAUCAUAUUUUGUAUUUUCAUUAUUACCUUUAUCAUCCAAGAAAUUAAAAAAAUGAAAGAAUAUAAAUAUGCCUAUUUCAAGAGUAUUUGGAACUUAUUAGAGUUGCUGAUUUUGGUGCUAUCUAUUUUGGCCAUUUCAGUCAAUAUACUUCGUACAUCCAAAGCAAGCCUCUUACUUGGCCAUCUAUUAGAAAGAAACGAGGAAUAUGCAGACUUCUAUUUUCUUGCAUUUUGGCAAAUUCUUUACAAUGACAUAAUUGCUAUUAAUAUCUUCUUUGCAUGGAUUAAGAUAUUCAAAUUCAUAAGCUUUAAUGAGACAAUGUCUCAGCUGUCAACAACUCUCUCCCGUUGUAUCAAAGAUAUCAUAGGAUUUGCCAUCAUGUUUUUUAUAAUAUUCUUUGCAUAUGCCCAGUUAGGAUAUCUUGUUUUUGGAUCACAGGUUGACGACUUUUCCACUUUUCAGAAUUCUGUAUUUACACAGUUUCGAAUUGUUCUGGGAGAUUUUAAUUUUGCCAACAUUGAGAAGGCCAACUGGGUGCUGGGACCUGCUUACUUCAUCACUUUCAUAUUCUUUGUAUUCUUUGUCUUGCUGAACAUGUUCCUGGCAAUUAUUAAUGAUGCCUAUUCAGAAGUGAAAGCUGACUAUUCCAUUGGUAGGAUGCCAGAAUCUGUGUUAGCAGGCCAAAUCAAAGCAGGCUAUACCAAAACCGUGGAGAAACUGAAAUUAAGGAAACCCCAAACAAAAACAAAAAGUGAAGUGAAAAAGAGAACUGAAGCUGUCCAGACCAGAAGAGGCUUUGAUGAAGAUGAAAUUGAAAGUGCAAAGGAGAUGAAAAAAUGGAAAGAGAGGCUUGAGCAAAAAUAUUAUUAUUCAGAUAUCGCGGAUGCUUAUCAGACUGUCACACAACAAGAAUUUCGAGAACUCUUCUUAUUUUCAUUGGAACUAGAGAAGGAACUGCACUACGUCAGUACAAAAUUAAACAGGGUGAUGAAAAGGAUUACUGCUACAAAAACAUGA